GUAACGGACAGUGCAUUAAACGACAAAAUGCGUGCCAUAGUGUCAAGUGUCUGUGUUAUCCUUCUGUCGGUUGUCGUGGUGCACGGGUCGUUGAACGAUGAGUAUGACAGUGAUAAGCGAUACCAUCCGAGACUCCCCGAUGAAAAUGCACCUGUGAAGUCCUCCAGGAAUGCCGAAGAUGAGCAAACGAUCGAAUACUGGAGAAAUCAGGCCAAAGCAACAGUGGAAAAGCAUUCGAAACGAACAGAAAACAAGAACAUUGCCAAGAAUGUGAUCAUGUUCCUGGGCGAUGGGAUGUCUAUCUCCACCGUUGCACUGGCAAGAAUUCAUGCAGGAGGUGAAGAGACUCCGCUAUCCUUCGAACAGUUCCCUUACACCGGUAUGGCGAAGACGUACUGCGUCAACAACCAGGUACCCGAUUCGGCUUGCACAGCCACAGCUUACUUAGCUGGAGUGAAAAACAACCUAGCCACGAUCGGUGUCAAUGCGCACGUAAAGACUAGGAAUUGUGUAGCUGACCAGAAUCGAUCACAUCAUACAACUUCCAUCGGUCAGUGGGCAAUCGAUGCGGGAAAAGAUUCCGGAAUAGUCACUACGACACGUGUCACACACGCUUCCCCUGCCGGUGUCUUUGCACAUACAGCGUUCCGAGAUUGGGAAAAUGAUUUCUACGUGAAAGAGGACGGUUGUGAUCCGGAUGUUGUUGAUGAUAUUGCGGAACAGUUGGUGUACGGUGAGACUGGUUCUCAGUUGAAAGUAAUUCUAGGUGGAGGACGUCGUGAGUUCAUGGAUCGAGAUAUCCAUGAGGACUACGAGACGGGCAAGGGAGGAUAUCGAUCCGAUGGAAGACAUCUGAUCAAUGAGUGGAUCCGGAAUGGUCCCGUCGGAGAGAAUCGCACGUUUGUGUGGAAACGAUCGGAUCUGCUGGCGGUGGAUCCUUACCGAACGGACCGAUUGCUGGGACUGUUUGAUCCAAGUCAUUGUGAAUUUAAUUUGGAUAAAGUGGAAAAUAACUUGGACGAAGAACCGACACUCUCCGAGAUGGUAGACAAGGCAACUGAUAUCCUCAGUACAAACCCGAAUGGGUUCUUCCUAUUUGUGGAGGGAGGUCGUAUUGAUCACGGACAUCAUGAAAAUCAGGCGAAAUAUGCCGUUGAUGAAACGGUAGAGUUCGCGAAAGCGAUCGAGCUGGCACGCCACAAGUUCAGCGAGGAAGACACCUUAAUUGUGGUGACGUCAGAUCACUCGCACAGUGUCAGCUUUGCUGGGUAUCCGAGUCGUGGAAAUGACAUCUUUGGCACGGCUGGAAAUGGCGGCGAUGGAGUUCCUUACAUGACCAUCAGCUACGCCAAUGGACCGGGCUAUAGGAAACACGUUGAUGUGGAAGCUGGCAAAAGGCUGGAUGUGCGUCAGAUGGACCGAUCGAAGACAAACUUUGUGUUUCCUUCCACAUUGCCUACGUAUCCCGAAACGCACGCAGGAGAAGAUGUGGCCGUGUACGCAUCCGGACCGUGGUCUCACCUGUUUACCGGAACGUACGAGCAGAACCUCAUUCCACACAUGAUGGCGUACGCUUCGUGCCUUGGAAACGGGAUGAAGGCAUGUGACUGAGCUGCAGUACAACAAAAUGUAUUAACCACCAGAUGCCAGGUGGUCUAAGAAAUGUUUAGAGCCCUAAGUAACAAUUGAGAUAAUAAUAGGAGAGAGGAAGAUAACUGUAUUGUAAUGAUUGAAUAGUUUCUAAGAAACGAAGUGGUACUUAAAACGAAGAGCCUCACAAUCAUAACGGCUCAACAAUCAAACGAGAAAUUUACCCAGGAAGUCAUAGGGAAUUCUUUCGACUGGAUCACAUUUGAAACAAUUAUUCGCAUCACGUGAGACGUUGUGAGGAGUGAUCUUUCUGAUAACCUAAGCUCAAAAUUUAACGAAUCUGGAAGUCAUUAAAAUUCAAAACAUUUGCAAAGACCUGGACCGUUCCAAGUGUUAGCAAUAUUAAAGACGCUACAGAUGAUGUCACGAUUGGUCUCCUCCGGCUGGUGUGGGUUAGCUUUGGUAAAUCCGUAUUAAACUCUAGAGUAGCCCAAUCCUUCCCUCCGGCUAAUUGCAAAGCAGCUUACAGCAAAUUUGAUUGUUUUCGAACCACCUCGAACUAACAUUUACAAUUUGCAUCAUAUGGUUGAAGGACGGCAUGUGAAAAUCAUACCCGCCAGGAUGAGAAGCUACCCUUUUGGCCAGUUACACUAAACGGUAACGGCUGCAAUAGCAAACGACAUCGAAUGUUUGUGCAAAAGGUUACCCCGGGCUUUCCGAAGAUGCGCUCUGUUUUAGCAAAGCGCAAGGAAAACAAUGCACCCUGCAUCCUGAUGACCCGUAAGUGCACUUGUGUAAUUUGCAUGAUUGCAUUAUGGUUUGUAAUUGCAAUGGGUUGCUAAUGGGCUUGAAGGGCUUUUUGUGCUGUUGCUUCGGGCAACCGAGGACGUCUCAACUGGAUCGCUUUCGAAAGACGUCCAGCUUGUUUGUAGUGAUGUUUUACGAGACGUAUCGCAAUAGUUGUGAACGAUUUUGGAACGGAAUCUUUACGGAGUUUUAAAGGCAGAGCUUACUUAAAUUAUCAGGAGGAAAUUUGAUAACCUUCUCCUCCUUCUUAGUAUUAAAUCAAAUCCUUGAACUAUCACGAGAAAUGUGACAUUAAAGACUAAUAUUUUUUUUUGCAGUUUGUUUCAAAC